AUGUCACAAGCUAGAUUCGACCAAGCUGCCGCAGACGUAAAAAAUCUAAGUAAAAAACCAUCGGAUGAUGAACUACUACAACUUUACGGUCUUUUCAAACAAGCAACUAUUGGCGACAAUAAUACCACCCGACCAGGUAUGCUUGAUCUUAAAGGCAAAGCUAAAUGGGACGCUUGGGAUAAAAACAAGGGCAAAGGCAAAGACGUUGCUCAACAAGAAUACGUCGCUUUCGUACAAACGCUUCAAGCCAAAUAA